UAUAAACGCUUCCGGACGGCAACAAAACAUCCGCAUUCCAAGGUUGUUUACAAUAACAACGUAAUGGUCUUUCACUGCGUUGUUUACCAGUGUUCUAAUCGCCAAGGCGAGAAAGCAAAGGGCAAGGGCAUAAGUUUUUUCAGAUUUCCAAAAGGCAGUAAGAAGAGAAAGGCUUGGAUUCGUGCGAUUAACAGAGAUGACUGGGCACCGAACGAAUACAGUCGGAUCUGCUCUGAACAUUUUGUAGGGGGGUGGCACAGCGACGAGGUGGAGGAUGAGAACUAUAGACCUACAAUUUUCACCUACAAAGAAAAACCGCAAACUAACUCUGACGUCGCUAGGGAAGAGAGAAAAUGCAGAAGAAAUUUGCAGCAGGAAAUUAAUGAAGCAGAAGCUAGGGACAGACGUUUAAUGCAGCAGCACCAUGAAUUUAGCUUAUACACCCACAGCUAUUGCUGUUUGCAACCCCCAGAGUCAGACUCGCAGGAUAUGAACAACAACAGCACCUUCGUACCAGAUGAGACAUUAAAAUUAGAUGACAUUGACAUAAAAACCUUUAAUGAUAAAGGUGUACAAUGUGACCCUGACCCUCUACUGGAGGAGAACCUUGCCCUGAGGAAAGAGUUGGAGGAUCUCAAGAGAGAACGUGACCGACACAAAUGGAGUGCAGAGAAGAUUGCCAAUGAUGAUGGAAAGACCGAGUAUUACACUGGGCUACCUUCCUUUGCAGUGUUCACCUGGCUUUUUAAACCAGGAUUCAGUCAGACAGAGAGUAUCAAUAGGCUCAUUGGGAUUGAUCGACCAGUUAUUUGCUGUUCUCAUCAGAUUAAGACUCGGCCUCUUCACAUCAGACUUAGCUUACAGAUUUUGUAUUUCAGAGAGUACUUUUUCGAAAUACUUUUCCACCUGGAUUUCUUUACUCUCCUGUGA